AGUGCCCCACUCCCAGGGAGGAGGGAGUGCCCUCUAGAACCAAGAGAACCAAGAAAGGAGGAGACCCUGGCAGGAGGCAGGGCGGGGCCUGCAUGCCAACACUGCAACAGGGAGCUGCCAGUCAAUGAGGGGACUGCUGAUAACACUCUCCCUCCAGUGCCCCGAGACCGCGUGAGGAUGUGGCCCUGGCUUUUUGUCUUCUCAGCUGUGAGUCUCCUUGCACGGGGCCACAUUCCACCGCUGUCUUUGAAGGAGACAGAAGCCAGAGGCAUCUCAGAGAAGCAUAGGAACCUGUUUGCAAGCACCUCACAGAUCAUUCCCAAGAGUCUCCGUGGCACUCCCGCCGUCGUUUCCCGCAAGGAGUGGGGGGCGAGCCCACUUACCUGCAGAGCCCCGCUGAGCACCCCUGUGGCCUACCUCAUCACCGAGCAGCUGGCCAGGAUGGAGUGCCCGGCACAAGUCACCUGCCCUCAGGUGCUGCGUGCUCUGCAGUCCCAUUCUGUCCACAGCAAUGGCUGGUGCAAUGUGGCCUUCAACUUCCUGAUUGGGGAUGAUGGCAGGGUGUAUGAAGGUGUCGGUUGGCAAGUCCAAGGCUUGCACACGCAAGGUUACAACAAUGUUUCCCUGGGCAUUGCCUUCUUCGGCAGUACGAGAGGCAGCAAUCCCAGCCCCGCUGCCCUGUCAGCCGCUGAGAGCCUGAUCGUGUAUGCCAUCCAGAAGGGCUACCUGUCACCUAGGUACAUUCAGCCACUUCUCUUGAAAGAAGAGACCUGCUUGGUGUCUUCAGAUUCACAGAUGCCCAGGAAAGUGUGUCCCAGCAUUGCCCCGCGGUCUGCAUGGGAAGCUAGAGAGACACACUGUCCUCAAAUGAACCUUCCAGCCAAAUUUGUCAUCAUCAUCCACACUGCUGGGACAAGCUGCAAUGUGUCCGCGGACUGCCUGACUCGGGUCAGAGACACGCAGUCUUAUCACAUGGACAAGAAGGACUUUUGUGACAUUGGAUAUCACUUCCUGGUGGGCCAGGAUGGUGGAGUGUAUGAAGGGGUUGGCUGGAAUAUCCAAGGCUCUCACACCUACGGAUACAACGAUAUUGCCCUAGGAGUUGCCUUCAUGGGCAACUUUGUAGAGAAACCUCCGAGUGCAGCUUCGCUGGAGGCGGCCCAGGAUCUGAUCCAGUGUGCUGUGGCCAAGGGGUACCUGACCCCCAACUACCUGCUGAUGGGCCACAGUGAUGUGGCCAACACCCUGUCCCCUGGGCAGGCAUUGUACAACAUCAUCAAGACGUGGCCUCACUUCAGGAGCUGAGGGAGUCCCCAGCUCCUUCUGAGCCCGGGCGCUUCCUCCUGCCGGCUCUCUGUCCUCACCUCCUGUCCUGACUCAGCGUCUCUCUUCUCACCCCUCC